AUGAGCUUCAUCGGAAUAUUCAUCACCGCGUUUGGCAACGAGCAGCAGACGCCAACCUCCAUUGCCAUUGCGGAGACGCUUCUCGACUGGAUUUCGUCCGUGGGCUUUGUGUCUUUCCCUGAUCGGGACCUGGAUCGGCUGGAGAUUGGCGGCACUCUCAGUUGGGGUCCUCCCUUCGACGUGAACUACAACCAGGAUUACGUCGUGUACAUGGCAACCAGCGCCACUGGCGGCGGAAGAUCUGCAACUGCCUUCG